AUGAUGACGAGUAACACAACUCCUCCUAUCGACAUCGCCACCCGACAGACCUCUGUCUCUCCUCCGGGGCAGCAGGCUUCGAACUUGACAUCAGCUCUCCGAGGCGCUAGCCAUGCAGAGCGUACGGGCAGCAUCUCCAAUGCCAACGGUAUCGGCAUCAGCAGCAUGUUUAAACCUCCAGUGCCUCGCAAGGAUUCCAUCGGUGCAGGGUCCGCGCAAUGGGGAAACGGCACCAAGCCGAUCUCAAUGUCCAACGCCAACCGCGAUAUGCAGCGCCGAGAGUCUUUAGCUGGAAGCUUAGUGGGUGGCAUGAGCUGGGGCGGUGUUUCUGUCGGCAGCUGGAUUCGCGAUGAUAUCAUAAUGACCGGCACCUCUCCCUUUACUACAUUCCAAUCGCCCUCAUUUCACUCUUCCUCUUAUCUACCCAAAUUAGAAGCGAACUACAUGCGCGACUUUGCCUGCUGCGGUGUGACCCUGCCUACACUCCACGACCUAUUACAACAUUAUGAAGAAGCGCACGCUCAAAAGUCGGGGGAGCGCCCAAGCCAAGUAGACAGCCGCGCCGCGCUCGCUGCUGCCGCGAUGUCACAGCAGCCAAGCCAGCAAAGCAACGGCCAGAAUCGAGGCUUACAGCCGGAUAGAACACUGGACAUGCAGCGCAAGUUGAGUCAGAUGCAUACACCCCAGCCACUUUCCGACAUGGACACUAUCGAUGACAUGGAGAUGGAUGAACCCAUGGACGGCGGCGAUGCGUCUUCCCAGCUAUUCACAAAUCCAUCGCGAGAUUCGAGUCAAGGUUUCGGCACCCCGAAUCAUGGACUCCCCAAUUUGAACUUGUCAAUGCUCCCAAGUCACCAGGGUUUCAAGGGGUCUCAACCUGGGACGCCGGUAGCAUCUGCUCGACCUCUCUCUCUGCAGAACAACCCUACCGUUUCCUCCGUCAAUACUCCCACUCUUAUGCCAAACGCGCUCCAGAAUUCACAGUUCCGCGGUACCCCAGAUUCCUCAACUCCUGGGACCCCUGCAGAGCUCGACGACAGCAUGAUCAAUCCAUUUGGGGAGCUUUCUAUGCAAGCUGCAAUGCUGCAGGGUCAGCCACAAUUUGCGAGGUUCACCGGGAAUAACGACAUGGUGGACCUGUGUAUUGACGAGCCCGCGAAACGACUUUUUAGCCCCACUGGUGGAAUCAACACCUCAAAUGCCCAUUUCAAACUAAGUGGAGCGCAGUACGGGCCCAACAGUGACAUCGCGAGAAGAAUACGCGAACAGCAAAUCUUGGCAGGCGUUCCUGACACUACUUCGCUGCUUCCGAACGAAGAGCCUAAGCCCUACCGCUGCCCUGUAAUUGGCUGUGAGAAGGCUUAUAAGAAUCAAAAUGGACUAAAGUACCACAAGGCUCAUGGCCACAAUAACCAACAACUGCAUGAUAAUGCUGAUGGCACAUUCUCUAUCGUUAACCCAGAAACAUCUGCUCCUUACCCUGGUACCCUUGGCAUGGAGAAGGAGAAACCAUAUCGCUGCGAAGUUUGCGGCAAGCGGUACAAGAACCUGAACGGCCUCAAGUACCACAAGUCACAUUCACCUCCAUGCAAUCCCGAUUUCCAGCUCGCCGCCGCUCGUAGUUUGAACUACGGCGGAGGAGUGAUGCAGGGACAGAACAUCAACGUUGCAGGAGCGGGCUUACCUGGCAUCGGCGAGGAAGGUCUUUUAUAG